CUUUUGGAAGUCUCCGAAUUUUUUCUUUGGCCUUCUGAUUCUUUCUCCUCGUCUCUUCUUUCGUUUCUCUCAAUUUCUGAACUCUCUCUGAUCAAUACAGGAAUUCCAAGCUAACUUCGUUUUCUCAGCUUUUUUGCUUUGUCUGCCAGAGUAAAGGGGUUGCUGAUUGCUACAAGAAAAAUGGUUCAGAUCAAGGAAUUCCGAAUUGUCAUGCCCAUGUCACUGGAAGAGUAUCAGAUAGCCCAGAUGUACAUGGUAAUGAAGAUGCAGCAACAGAGUACUAGUAGUACUGAGGGUGUUGAAGUCUUGGAGAAUAGGCCCCUGGAGGAUGAUGUAUUUGGAAAGUGUCAAUACACAUCCAAAGUUUAUCGGUUGCAAAGCAAAGCUCCUACUUGGCUUACGACUUUUGCACCAGCAGAUGCUCUUAUCAUGCAAGAAGAAGCUUGGAAUGCAUACCCAAGAUGCAAAACAGUAAUCAAGUGUCCAUACUUCACCAAGUUUUCUUUAACAGUUGAAACUAUUCAUAGGGCUGACAAUGGUCAAUCAGAAAAUGUACAUGGUUUAACCAAGGAACAACUAGCAGUCAGGCAGGUUGAAUAUAUUGAUAUAGCCUCGGCAGAAACAGAUUAUUGGAGUUAUGCUAUUGGAAGCAACAGCAUGGACUUCUCUAAUUUCAAAUCUGUAAGAACUGGCCGUGGUCCACUUUUGGAUGGAUGGCAGGAUAGAUGUAAACCUGUUAUGACAGCAUACAAGUUGGUAACAGUAGAUGCACCAUAUUGGGGCUUUGGUUAUCGACUUGAACAGGCUUUACUGGCGGGUGAAAGGGCACUUUUCUUAGAAUCUCAUCGGAACUGUUUUGGUUGGAUUGAUGACUGGUUUGGGAUGACAAUGCAACAAAUACGAGAACUUGAACUACAGAGUGAUUUUUCAUUAAAUAAGAAAAUUGGGAUGCCAACCGUAAUGACAACUUCUGAAGACUAAUCAGAGGUUGCCCUCUGGGAAUGAAGAUGCUAACAGCUAGAGGUUUCAACUUAAACCUGAAAAGCAUGAGAUUGCGGUCCAAACUUAAGGUGCGAGAUUGAAUUCACACGGACAGAUAGAUGAUGCUGCAAAAUAGUAUUCUCCACAUUGGAAUUGUUGUAAUGUUAUGAUAAUUAUUCAUUGGAUUACUUGGUCAUUCUUGGGAAAAAUUGUAAAUUUGAUUAUAGCAGAUACAUAAUCCUGUUGGAGGGAACAGUGAUAUAUUUACUGUCCAAAUUCUUUACAGAAAGUUUUGAAUUUUCCUAAGUUCAAUUAUAGAUUCAUAGUUUCAUGUUAA